AAUUCUAUCAACAGCGGUGACAUUGAGCUGGUUGCAAGUAAAAAUGGGAGAAACAAAAACUUCACUUAUUCUUUUGGCCUCGUUCUCUCCUGCCUGGGGUGCGUCCUUGGCACUGGAAAUAUCUGGCGGUUCCCCAGAAUCGUCGCCACAGCAAGCUCCGACCGCGGAAGCCUGUGUUUUAUGAUGGUCUGGAUUUUCUUCCUUUUUGCUUGGUCAGUACCGCUGAUAAUAACCGAAUACACCUUGGGUCGGUUCACUCGAAGUUCGCCCAUCAUUGCUAUUGAAAAGUUCCUCGGCCCGAAAUGCCUUUGGGUUGGCGGUUGGAUUACAGCUGUUGCAUUUUUAAUCAGCGCCUAUUUCUCGGUCGUGGUUGGGUGGUGUUUCUACUACUUUUACGUCGCAUGUGCAUGGCCAGAACUCCCUUCAGCAGAGCCGGAGAGCAGAAAAGUGUUUGAGGAAUUUAUCGGAACCUACUGGCCACUUGGACUCCACACACUCGAGCUGCUCAUUUGCGGGAUCGCCAUAUUUAAGGGGGUAAAGGGAAUAGAAAUCGCCAAUAGCUGCAUGGUCCCUAUUCAAAUGAUUAUCGUACUCAUAACCUUCUACUGGUCGUUGUCACGCGAGUACGCCGACGUUGGCAUCAAAUUCAUGUUCACGCCUGACUGGUCGACACUUGCUGACCCCCAUAUCUACGUUGAAGCUGCUUGUCAGAAUGCAUUUGAUACGGCAGCUGGAAUGGGUCUUUUCUCUGCUUAUGCCGCCUACUUUACACGCAAAACCGGAGCUGUUCGCUUCGGUGUGAUCCUGCCAAUAAUUAACAACCUAGUCAGUCUGAUCUGUGGCCUUACCCUCUUCGCCACAGCGUUCUCGACGCUUAUUCAAACACAACCCACUUUAACAGUGCCUCACAUUGUGGCCAUCAUGAAAGAAAGUGGUCCGGGUAGCACUGGCCUUUCGUUUACAUGGAUCCCGGUACUCAUGUCAAGACUCGGGAUUGCUGGUCGUAUUCUUUGCGGACUGUUUUUCUUGUGUCUGUCAUUCGCUGGGGUCACCUCUAUGAUCGGCUACAUUGAACUCACCGCCCGCACCAUUCAGGACUUUGGAGUGAAACGCGUGUACGCAACCACGGCCGCUCUGGUCAUUACCUUUUUAGCUGGCGUUCCCUCGGCUCUGAGCAUUGAUGUCUUGCAAAACCAGGAUUUUGUGUGGGGAUUCGCAUUGAUGAUAUCUGGCCUCUUCUACUGUUCCAUUGUUAUUUACUAUAACCCAAUUAAAUACCGAAAAGUGAUAGUGAAUGAUUUCGGCCUGAACGACUGGAAACUCCCUCUUAUUUGGAUCGCUCUGAUCGCUGGACUUGUACCCAUCGAAGCAAUCGGUCUUAUCUGCUGGUGGGCUUAUCAAAAUAUUUCCCAGAAUGGAGACUGGUAUAUUGUUAAGGCCCAGUCACUUGCCACAACUGUUCUUGAGUGGGCCGUCGUUUUUAUUCUCCUGGGUGGCCUGAAUUUCAUCACCUACUUUUGUAAAAGGGACUUGCUGAAGGACUCUGGAGGGGUUGGCUACGAUCCCUACCACCCUGAAACGAUUCCGCCAUACGAUGAGAGUCUGGUCUGGUCUACUCAAAUAACCAAAAGUAGUGACAAAGAAGAUCGCGGGAGAGAUGUCAGCAGGGGUGAGAUUGUGUGGAGAAGUGACGCCAACGAAGUGGAGGAAACAAGGUUUUAA